GGCGGGGAUGGGCGGCCGGGCGCUGUGCUGGCUGCUCUGCCUGCUGCAGGCGGGCCGGGCCGGGGGCGCCGAGCUCACCUUCGAGCUGCCCGACAGCGCCCGGCAGUGCUUCCACGAGCCGCUGCAGCGCGGCCUCAAGUUCACGCUGGACUUCCAGGUGAUUACUGGGGGGCAUUACGAUGUGGACUGCUACGUGGAAGAUCCCAACGGCAAGACCCUUUACAAAGAAGCUAAGAAGCAGUACGACAGCUUUUCCCAUCGAGCCGAAGUCGCAGGCGUCUACACGUUUUGCUUUAGCAACGAGUUCUCCACUUUUUCACACAAAACUGUCUACUUUGACUUUCAAGUUGGAGACGAGCCCCCAAUUCUCCCGGACAUGAACCGCAGGGUCACCGCCCUGACACAGAUGGAAUCUGCUUGUGUCACCAUUCACCAAGCUUUAAAUACAGUGAUUGACUCCCAGACUCAUUACCGGCUGCGGGAGGCUCAGGACCGGAUCCGGGCUGAAGAGCUGAACAACCAUGUCUCCUACUGGUCUGUGGGGGAGACCAUCCUCGUCCUCGUGGUCAGCAUCAGCCAAGUGAUGCUGCUCAAGAGCUUCUUUACGGAGACGAGAGCGACCACAGGGGCCGUCAGCACCUAGGAAGCCAGAGUCGGUCCUGCGCCGUGGCACCAUGUACCAGCGGGUUGGGUUGGGUGGGGUGGGGCUCGGGAGGAGAGCAGAAGUGGUACUGGGAGAAGCUGAGCAAGAGGCUGAUGGGUCACACAGUGCAGGGCGGCUGAGGGACUGAGUGGGGCCGGCCCAGCACACCUGCACUGGGAGCAGAAAGGGAUUUAUGGGAAAGUCACCAACGAGCAGUUUCGAUGGAGCGAAAGCUGUUAAUAGCCGGGGCCCAGGAAGCAAUGGGUGUGCAGGGGUUAGGGGCUCUCUGUGUAGCUGAGCUGUGACUUAGGCCAGGGAAGAUUAGCGCCAGUUUCACUGCAAUUUGUUGCAUUGGUUUGACUCUUGGUUGUAACCCUGUUGCAUCUUGUUGUAAUAUCUGUUGCAUCAGGGGAAGGAUAGCUCAGUGGUUUGAGCAUUGGCCUGCUAAACCCAGGGUUGUGAGUUCAAUCCUUAAGGGGGCCACUUAGGGAUCUGGGGCAAAAAUCAGUACUUGGUCCUGCUAGUGUAGGCAGGGGGCUGGACUCAAUGACCUUUCAAGGUCCGUUCUAGGAGAUAGGUAUAUUGCCAUAUACUUCAUUAUAUUAUCUUCACAGCAAGGUGUAACUACACCAUGCAGCCAAAGUAUCUGCCCACGUAGGGCCACCCGCUGCCAGCGCAGAGCAGAGUCCCAGGCCAGCGUGGGAGAGAGUGUCACAAGGGGGCGCCAGACAUGCCCUUGUGCACAGACAAUCUGAACUGCAGUAGUUCACCAGAGCUGCAAUCCAUGCUCACCGAGGUGGGCAGUGUGGCCAGGACCGAUGUAGGAGUCAGAGCAACCCCACUCACCCCUAUGGUGUGCCCAAACAUCUGCUUAUCGUCAGGCAGCCCCCUCAGCCCAGGGUCACCAGGGUGCCAGGAACUUGCCCAGAGCAUGCCACGUGAGCUGUGGUUCCUGCUUCCAACCGGAGAAGCUAAAAACCCUACUCAUCUUUUUAAUGGAAGCUGAAAUUCUGCCAUAAUCCCAGGACUCCAGGAGCUGGGCCUUACAGAGAAGCACCAAAUAUCACAAGAGGCUCAGUAAAAGUGGCAGAAAUUGGCAGCUCUUGGCUCCCUUCAGGUUUGUUUGUGCUAAAAGGAAUCGUGUGGUCCCAGAGAGUCAGAGAGGUUAAGGCCAGAAGAGGCCAUUUGAUCACCAUCCUGACCUCCUGUAUAGCAUUGGCCACCAGCACCACACACUAGCCCCGCUCCCGAAAUGAGCCCAACGUAUUAUAGCCCACGUGAGACUGGGCUGUUACGUGCCACAGGCAGAGAACAGGCAGGACUCCAGUGCACCAAUGCCCAAGGCACCUGCAGUGGCAGGGCAACAAUUGAAUAUGCCCAGAUAAUCCUGUCAAGCCACCCCCACCCACACACAGCAGGGAGGUGAAAACCCCCCAGGGUCGCUGCCAGGCUGACCCAGGGAAAAUCCCUUCCUGACCCUGAGCAGCUGACCAAGCACCAGCCAACCCAGCACCUGGGGGAAAGAGUGCUCGCUGCCACCCCAGAGCUGUGGGCCUUCCUGUCCCAUAGCUCAUCUCCUGGCAUGGCCGUCUCCGAUGCUCCAUGCAGUCAAUAGAUCAGGCCCCAUUCAGAGGAAGGAAAGUUAGAAACCAAACACACACCCAGAAUACACUGGGGUGCACAGGAGAAUCCUGCCCUGGCUGCUGCAGGGAUCAGCGGAAGCUCUGAGGCGGGACCUUUAGGAACAUGGUGUAAACCAGAAAGGCAAAUGAAGUGUGGAGGGGAAGUUACCUUGGAACGAUUUCCCGAGGAGUGUGGUGGAAGCUCCAUCACAGGCAAUCUUUAAAUCACGAUGGGAUGUUUUGCUCCAAGGUCUGCUCCUGAGGUAGGUCUCUGGCCCGUGCUGUACUCAGGGGCAGCCUGGGGGAUCGCUGGUCCCUUCUGCCCUGCGCUCUGUGAAUCUGGGGCUGCCGAGCCCCCUCGUGGAACAGUCCAGGGGUCCCUUCCCCAGCACAGCCCACGGAGAUGCCCUGCUCUGCGCAGACAGCGAGGCCUCCUGGGCCAAUGUCCUGGUAUUUCUUCAGAACACAAAGCAGGAGUCACAUGGGCCAGUCCAGCCACUGUCCCAGGAGAGAGCCCAUGAUUUAACCCCUAUGCCUGAAUACACCCCACAUUGCCAGUGACAAACCUAGCUGCUGCUCCCACAGGCUGCUGUGCAAGAACCGUUACAAUACUAGUAUUGGUCAAACAAUGCUUUGCACUAAGCCACCCAAAUGGAGAGGGAGGGGGAAUUAAGAAUUGCAAUUACCCUGCUCAGCAGGGCUGACACGGCUGGAUGCAGCCUUUGCCACUUCCCAGUAAACUCAUGAGCCCGCAGUUUUCUUUCACCACGGAUUAGACACACUGUCCUCCAGGCACUGAGCAGUGCGAUACAAAACAGCCAGUCCAAGCGCCUGUUCUCCUCUCAGGCACAGCUACUGCCCUGUCAGCCCCUCCUUUGGUCACUGUUUGUAACACCCGUGUUCUCGGGAGCCUUAAAUAAAAUGCAUUUCCUACCGA